AUGGUUCCACACUACCACAUAACCUGCGUCUCUCACGUAUAUACCGAACACUUCCGAGUACGCUCGGAAUUAGCCGAAGUCAUACUAGUGCUCCUACGCCUAUGGCAGCUCCCCCUUUGCCGCUAUUAUUUGUUACCCCGCGUACAACGCUCCGUCCAUGUAUUCUUAGGUCCAUGGGUACUCUCAGAUUUAGGUUAGGUAUACAAGUCUGUGGUAGUAACAGUUUUGUAACCUCUAUAGUGACAAACUUCUACGAUUAAUAUUUCGCUUCCUGAUGCAGAGCGACGCUUUUAACUGCCAGAUUCUUUCAUGCAAAAACGCGUCGAAUGAGCAUAAUUUCAACAAGUUUUGAGGUGCUGCAGCUUCACUGAAUAAAUACCCAAAGAAGAAAAAAUGAGUUUUAAGACUGCUAAGGAAGUUAUAGAAGAUGGAGACAUUGUUAUUUUGUAUUUAAGUCCAAACAAUAUGCAUUCUUUGGAAGUAAAAGCGAAAAUUUCUAAUAAGAAAGGCAAAAUCAUAGAUAAUGUGUUCAAUACUACAUAUGGUGCAUUAAGAGUUAUAUCGCUCAUUGGUCAAAAAUAUGGUUCAAAAGUUAAGUUGACUCGAGGAUGGGCAUAUGUGUUACAACCAACGCCAGAGCUUUGGACGUUGAUACUGCCUCACAGAACUCAGAUUAUCUAUAGUCCAGACAUAAGUCUCAUUAUACAUUUAAUGGAACUUAAGCCAGGAAGCAUAGUAAUUGAAACAGGUACUGGAAGUGGCUCUUUAUCUCACUCAUUAAUUCGAGCGAUCCGUCCAAAUGGUCACUUGUAUACCUUUGAUUUUCAUGAACAACGUGUCUCUAUUGCUAGCGCAGAAUUUAAGAAACAUGGUUUGAAUGAUUUUGUAACGUUGAAGGAAAGAGAUGUUUGCUUAGAAGGAUUUGGAGAAGAGUUAAAACAUAAAAUUGAUGCAGUAUUUUUAGAUCUUCCACAUCCAUGGUUAGCUAUAGAACAUGCUACUGUUGCUUUAAAAAAAACAGGUGGAAAACUUUGUUUCUUUUCUCCUUGUAUUGAACAAGUUCAACGUACUUGUGCAAAACUGAUUUGUAAAGGAUUUAUAGAAUUACAUACAUAUGAAUGUUUGCAAAGAGAAAUGAAUGUUCAAUAUAGAACUUUGCCAGUAUUAGAUUUGGAGUGUUUGAAAUAUAAGCACGCAAAUGAAGAUAUUAUACACAAGAAUGGAAAAAGGAAACAAGAAGAAAAACUUCUUACAGUUUCUCACGCUCACUCAUUACCUGGCCAUACAGGUUUUAUUACAAUUGCUGUUCUUCCUCCUAGUUAUGCGCGUAAAUAAAAAGAAGAAAUAAAUUUACAGUAUAGAUUAUGAAAAUGAAUAACCGAGAUAUUUAUUUUUCAUUAUAUAACAUUCAUUAUAUUACAUAAACGGACUACCCUGUAAAAAAGAUGGAAAAAUUUUUAUUCUAUUAUAGGACGCAAAUGAAGAUAUUGUACACAAGAAAUGAAAAAAGGAAAUAAGAAGAAAAA